AUGAUUAUCGAACCACGUCGUCGAAAGAGUUCCUCGGUGACAUUCUCUGUGCCUGAUGAUCAUUAUCAUCAUCAAUAUUAUGCACCACGAACAUCAAGUUUUGCAGAGUCAGAUUGGGAUUAUGAGCCGACUAUUACAACAAUUAGUCCAACAGCAUUGGCUAUGGCUCGAGCAUUACGUAGUAUUAAAACAUUUAAAAAAAGUUGGGAUUCAGAUAAAGCACUUAAAAGUACAUAUGAAGGAAAACCUGCGAAAUAUCAAUUACGUGCUUAUAUAUUCUUGGCAUUAGGUUAUGCUGUUACGGCAGCAUGGCUUUCGGAAAUGCCUACAUUUGCUUUAUUACCACCGAAAUCUUUUAAUUCCACUCCAUAUUAUAUAUAUAAUGAAAGUGUAAUUGAAUUAAAUAUAACACAAAAUACAACAUGUGGAAAAGUUCAAACACUUUCAAUCGAUGGUCAAAUGCGGAGACUUGAACCAAGAUAUAAGUAUGAUGAUGAAUAUGGACGAUCUGCUCUUACUGAUUUUAAUACUCUAUGUGAUCCAAUGCGUAUAAGAAUACCAAAUAUUGUUUAUCUCAUUGGUUUGAUAUUAGGAGGUCUUGUAUUUGGUUAUGCUGCUGAUCAUAGUGGAAGAAAAAUGAUUUUAACUGGAUCUAUGUGGACAGCAUGUGCUCUAUCAGUAUUUCAACUUCUCAGUGAUGAUUACAUAUCUUAUGUUUUUUUUAUUCUUUUUGUUGGUAUUGCAAUUGGUGCUGUACAGGUUAUAACUGUACCUUAUGUUAUAGAAAUGUUUCCUUCGGAAUCUCGAGCUAUCUAUGGUUUACUAUUAACAGCUUUUGUAUUCUUAUUUGAUUUAAUUAUUCCUGGACUUGCAUUUCUUUUGAAAAAUUGGAAAAUUUUACAAGGUGUUGUUACAGCACCAUUAAUUAUUACUGCAGUUCUUUACUGGUGGACAGAAGAAUCAAUGUUUUGGUAUACAACACAAAAAGAUUAUGUAACAGCUGUAUUAUCAUUAACAAAAAUUGCUCAAUUUAAUGGUAUUGUUUUUGAAGAUAUAUUUCGUGAAGCUAAAGAUUUUCUUCGUGGUAAACGUUCAAAAGGCAUUCAAUGUGAUUUUCAACCAUUACUUCGACUUGAGGAUAUUCAAUCAUUAGGAUUAAAAUAUCCUGAUUUUGAUAUGGUUGAUUUACAAUCAACAGGUAAAAAAACUACUUUCACACAAAAUAUUGCACAAGUAUUAACUGGUCAUCAUUAUUAUCCAACAUUAUCAACAUUUUAUCCAACUGAUUUUCUUCAUUCAACAAUAUUAAGUCUUUAUUUACUUAUUAUGUGCGGUCUUUGGCUUGUUAGUUCAUUAACAGAAUAUAGUUUGGAUUCACCACAUUUAACCCAUCAUUUAACAGAUAAUUUUUUUCUCAAUUAUUUCUAUACACAUCUUAUUCAAGUUGCUUCGUUUAUAGUUGCAUUUCCAAUGGUUUAUAAAUGGGGUCGUCGAUGGCCAACAUUUUGUUUUUUUCUUGUUGCUGAAGUUUGUUUACUUGGGUCAUAUACAUUUCGUGAAAAUGUAGAAGAUACACGUGCAGCAGUAUUGAUUGUUUAUUUUAUGGGUAAAUUUGCAUCUCGAGGUGGUUUUAUUGUUAUUUUACUUUAUACAUGUGAAAUAUUCCCAACUGGUUUAAGAUGUACAACGCUUGGUAUAUGUUAUACAUUUCGAUUAAUUGGUGUAGCAUUGGCUUCUCAAGAUGUCGCUGGUAUAAAUGGUCGAACACCUCGACUUAUUUAUGGUGUUCUAUCAUUAAUACUUGGUGCUAUGGCACUUUUAUUACCCGAAACAAAAAAAUUUCCAUUACCACGAACUAUUGUUCAAGUCGAAGUUAUUCCAACAUCAAUAAGUAAAAAAUUUCGUCGACAACGUUCUGCACCAGCUAAAAGAAAUGUUAAACCAGAUGCUACACGUCCAGAAGGUCCACAUGGAUUUAAUGAUGCUGCUUCAUGUGUAUCUGGCGUACGUUCAGUUCGUUUUAAUCCAUAUGAUAAUCAAUCAACAUUACAUAGUGUUUAUGAAUUACAAGAAUAUGGACAAGAUGAUACUCUACAUUCACAAUCAAGUCGAUAUGGUCGCCGAAUGGAUUCACGUAAUCCGAAUAUAUUUCAACCAACUGGUGGAAAUACUACAGAACCAUAUAGACAACAAACACCAAUUGCUGAAGAUGUUGAAUAUGAUGAAGAUGUUGAUGAUGACCGUACACGAUAUGCUCAACAACAACGACUUACAGAACAACGUUUUAAUGAACAAUCAUUAACUAAUGUACGUUCCGAUGGUGAGAUGAAUAAUUCAACAAAUAUAAUUAAUAAACAAUCAUCGAGUGAUAUACCAUCUCAACUUGAAAUAACAGCACAAAUUCAAGCUGGUGAUAUAACAAAUGAUCGAAGUGGGUUAACAGAAAAAUUAUCAACAAAUGAAGAAAUUAAUGAUAAAAAUAAACAAGAUGAUGAUUUAUCUAGAACACCAAUACGAAUUGUUGAUGAACCAAAUACAUUUCCUCCGAAUAUAAGUGAAGAUGAAAACUAUUUUUCUGAACACUGCUAA